AUGACGCUAGUUCAAGGACAUUGCGACCCCAAAUUCGCCAAGCUGCGCGACCUGAUGCACGAGUUUCUCGCAUCGGGCCAGGACAUUGGCUGCAGCCUCUGCGUCAACCUGCACGGCGCGCCCAACGUCGUCGACCUCUGGGGCGGCCACGCCGACGCGGCGGGCACGACACCCUGGACGCGUUCCACCAUUGUCGCCGUCUUCUCCGCCACCAAGCUUGUCACCAACCUGGCGGCCGCGAUGCUCCUCUCGCGCGGGCUGUUGCGCGCCGAUGACCCCGUGGUGCGGCACUGGCCGGGCUUCGCCGCCGCCGACGUCACCGUCGGCCAGGUGCUGGCGCACACGGCCGGCCUGUGCGCGUGGGGCGACGACGUGACGCUCGCCGACAUUUUCGACGCGACCGGCGCGGCGGAGAGGCUGGCGCGCCAGGCGCCGCUGUGGCCGCCCGGCACCGCCAUGGGCUACCACGGACUAACGCAGGGUGUUCUGGUCGCGGAGCUGGUGCGCCGCGUGACGGGCCUGUCUAUUGACUGUUUCAUCGCGCAGGAGGUGUGCGCACCGCUCGGCAGCGACGCCGACUUUCAGCUCGGGUACCGCGCGCGCGACGCCGACCGCGUGGCGCCCGUCGUGGCUCCGCCGGGACCGUCGAUCCGGGAGCUACGCAGCAGACUGCCCGGCUUCCACCCGCACUCCCUCGCGGCACGCACAAUCUGCAACCCCGAGCUGCUCGCGAGCGACGCUAACAGCGCGCUGUGGCGGGCGAGCGUGCAGCCGUCAGCCAACGGACACACCAACGCGCGGGCGCUUGUCAAGAUCCUAUCGUGCUACGCGCUCGGUGGCGUUUGCGCGGGCGGGAGCCACCGUCUGCUGUCACCGGAGACGGUUGCGCUGGUGUUUGGGGAACAUGCGCGCGGCGUGGAUCUGGUCCUGGGCACACCCGGGCGGCGCGGGCUCGGGGUGUAUCUGACGGGGGAGGGGUCGGGCCGGCAGGGCAAGCUGCCAGACGGCCGCGUCGCUUGGGGGAGCGGAUGGGGAGGCUCGUUUGUGGUCAUGGAUGCGGAUAGGGGGAUGACGAUGGCGUAUACGAUGAAUCGGAUGGUGAAUGGAGAGAAUCCGUCGGCGGCGGCGUUUGUCAAGGCGGUGUAUGAUGCGCUCGGCGUUCAACUAGACGACAAAGCACAUGACAACCAACACAUGCACGAAGAACAGAUAUUCCCAAAGGGGAUAAGAAAGAAUCAGGAAAGGUUAUAA